AUGAAUCCCUCAAUCACUCGUUCAAUCUCAACGCCUUCAUCAUCUUCUUCUUCCGCCACCUCCUGGUUUUCUGGAAUCGUUCGAGUUGGCCGUACCGAUUCGAAAAUGUCAAGUAACUCCUCCGUAACCGUUUCCGCCUCCUCUGAUGUCACCGGCCCCGUCGUCAGUAAAAAUAAAAUUCGAGGUGUUCUUUUCAAAUACGGUCCUAAUCCUAUUCAGGUUGCAUUCAAAAGUGGCGAUUUCAAACGGCAAGUUAUUUUUAUUGGUGGAUUGACUGAUGGAUUUCUUGCUACCGCAUAUUUAGAACCUCUGGCAAUUGCUCUGGACCGCGAGAAUUGGUCACUAGUUCAAUUUCUCAUGUCAUCUUCUUAUAGUGGAUAUGGCAUCUCCAGCUUGCAACAGGAUGCUAAGGAUCUGGAUCAGCUUAUUAAUUAUUUAAUUAACAAAGAAGAUUCUGAAGGUGUGGCAUUACUUGGGCACAGUACUGGUUGUCAGGAUAUUGUGCAUUACAUGCGCACAAAUUUUGCUUGCUCCCGAGCUGUUCGUGCUGCCAUCUUGCAGGCUCCGGUCAGUGAUAGGGAAUAUCAAUCUACACUCCCUCAGACAGCUGCUAUGAUUGACUUGGCUGCUAAAAUGAUAAGCGAAGGUCGAGGUCCAGAGAUAAUGCCAAGGGAAGCAGAUCCUAGUGCCCCAAUUACUGCAUAUAGGUAUCACUCCCUUUGUGCAUAUAAUGGUGACGACGAUUUGUUCAGCUCCGACCUUAGUGAUGAUCAAUUGAGGAUGAGACUCGGGCAUAUGUCUAGCACACAUUGCCAGGUUAUAUUUUCAAUGGCUGAUGAAUAUGUGCCAGAUUACGUUGAUAAGAAAGCAUUAGUUGAGCGAUUAUGCAGAGCAAUGGGAGGUGCAGAGAAAGUAGAGAUUGAAUAUGGAAACCACUCCCUUUCUAACAGAGUUGAAGAAGCUGUCAAUGCUAUUAUUGAUUUCUUAAAAAGAGAGGGACCCAAGGGCUGGGACGACCCAUGGAGUUAAUUUAGGUGUCUAUCAAAUUUUUCCUCCUUUUUUGGUUGCCAUUGUAGUUUUUUUUUUUCCUAUUCGCCAAUAUUUAUUUUCGAUCGCUUAUUUAUCUAUCGUUUUUUUUUUAUUGUUUGGGUUGUUAUUGCAGCCUUAUUUUUUGUUGAUAUAAUAGAUGGUAGUAUAAAUUAUCUUAAGGAAAAAAUUUGUAUAUUAUUUUGAUUAAUUCA